AACUAGAAUUUUCAGAGUCGGGAAAUUAAGUUCCACAAUUCAAAGGCAAAGCACUACACACACUCUCUCUCUCAUGUGUCUCUCUGCCUUUGAUUUCUAAUUCUGCGCCAAUCAAAGUCCCCACAAAUCUCCAGUUCACUCUCUCUCCUAAAAAUGCCUGCUUCUCCUUCAGACUCCCGCGGCAAAUGGAGGAAGCGGAAGCGCGACCCCCAAAUUCGCCGGAACAAGCGCGAGGACGACGAAGACGACGACGCCGACGACAACGAGCUCGACCCGAACGACGACUCGGAGGACCCCCAACAUAACCCCCAAUCCGCUCCCGCACCCGAUCCCGCCCCUCACGAGACCGAGGUCCUCGACGGUGGGGUCCGCGUAAGCGACUUCCCUCCCGUCGUUUUGCGCACCGUCAACCGGCCCCAUUCCUCCGUUUUUGCCCUUGUCGCCCUCGAGCGAGCCAAUCAUUGCGGCGGGGAUGCCAAGGGGCCCGCCAGUCCGAUUGUAUUGGAGAAUGUGUCGUACGGUCAGCUCCAGGCGCUGUCCGGCGUGCCUGCCGAUAGUCCGGCGUUGGAUCCGGACCGUGCAGAUGGCUCCGGGGCGGCUUACGUGGUCAUACCGCCGUCGAUUAUGGAGGGCCGUGGCGUUGUGAAGCGAUAUGGGAACAGAGUUCAUGUGGUUCCAAUGCACGCAGAUUGGUUUUCACCUGCCACAGUGCAUCGACUGGAGAGACAGGUGGUGCCACAUUUUUUCUCAGGAAAAUCAUCAGAUCAUACUCCUGAGCUAUACAUGCAUUGUAGGAAUGAAAUUGUUGCCAAAUACAUGGAAAAUCCAGAGAAGAGGCUUGCAUUUUCUGAUUUCCAACAAUUAUUAGGUCGUCUAAGUACCGAAGAUUUGACUCGAAUAAUUCGUUUUCUUGAUCACUGGGGAAUUAUUAAUUACUGUGCUGAAGCACCCAGUCAUGAGCCGUGCAAUGGCAGUUCCUACUUAAGGGAGGAGGUAAAUGGUGAGAUUCAAGUGCCAUCAGCUGCUCUGAAGUCCAUUGAUAGUUUAAUCAAAUUUGACAAGCCCAGAUGUAGGCUUAAGGCGGCUGAGGUUUAUUUGUCAUUGCCAUGUCAUGGUGAUGAUGAUGUCCCUGAUUUGGACAACACAAUUUGGAAGCGUCUAUCUGAAAAUCAUUGCAAUUACUGUUCUUCUUCUCUUCCCAGUGUAUACUAUCAGUCACAGAAAGAGGUUGAUGUAUUGCUGUGCUCUAAUUGCUUCCAUGAGGGAAGAUAUGUUGUUGGUCAUUCAAGCAUAGAUUUUGUACGGAUGGAUUCAACAAAAGAUUAUGGUGAUUUGGAUGGGGAAAGUUGGACCGAUCAAGAAACCCUAUUGCUGCUCGAGGCAAUGGAAAUACACAAUGAGAACUGGAACGAAAUUGCUGAGUAUGUCGGUUCAAAGUCAAAAGCACAAUGCAUCCUUCAUUUUCUUCGUUUGCCUGUGGAGGAUGGCCUGCUUGAAAAUAUUGAAGUUCCGGGUGUGUCCCUGUCUUCCAAUUCGUCGGAUAGAGAUGGUCGUGGAGGAUUUCAUUCAAGUUCAAAUGGUAAUGCAGCAGGAUCCUUCCUACAAGAUGCUGAUUCUGACAGUAGGUUCCCUUUUGCGAAUUCUGGGAAUCCAGUCAUGGCCCUGGUUUCGUUUCUGGCCUCCUCUGUUGGGCCAAGAGUAGCUGCAUCUUGUGCCCAUGCAGCCUUGACGGUAUUUUCUGAGGAUAAUGGUGUAUCUGCCUCUGCAAGUAUAAUGGAAGGAUCAGGCCAGAGGAUAAAUCCUGAGAGUAUACAUGGUACAGAAGGUGGUACUUAUAGAAAUUCUGCAAAUUCAAUUCCGCAAAAGGAAAAGAACUCAGCAGGCCAUGGUUCUUGGGGUCAAAAUGAGGCAGGUGUGGUUCCAAUACCUACAGAAAAAGUAAAAGCUGCUGCCAAGGCCGGGCUUGCUGCAGCUGCAAUAAAAGCAAAAUUGUUUGCUGAUCACGAAGAACGGGAAAUUCAGAGGCUAUCUGCUAAUAUCAUAAAUCAUCAGUUGAAGAGAUUGGAGCUGAAGUUAAAGCAGUUUGCAGAAGUGGAAACCUUCCUAAUGAAAGAAUGUGAACAAGUGGAGAAGACAAGGCAGAGGAUGGUUAGUGAACGUGCUCGCAUUAUGUCAACUCAGUUUGGACCUGCUGGAGCUUCGCCCAUGAGUUUAGGAGGUGUUGGUUCUUCCAUGUCAAAUAAUAACGUUGGUAACAAUAGGCAACAGAUUAUGUCACCUUCAGCUUCACAAAUGAGCAUAUCAGGAUACAGCAACAACCAAUCAGUCAAUCCCCACAUGCCAUUUGUGCCACGUCAAUCAAUGCUAGGGUUGGGGCCGAGGAUGCCUUUAACAUCCAUACAGCCAUCCUCAUCGGCUCAAAAUGCCAUGUUUAAUGCCACAGGGGCUGCCCAGCCGACGCUAAAUCAUCCAAUGUUGAGGCCUGUACCAGGUACCAGCUCCGGUCUAGGUUGAAAGAAACCGAAAGGAAGAGGUAGUGGAUAACAUAGAUGCAUUCACAAUCAAUCUGACUCAUAUUUUUAUUUUAGUUUACAUAGAAGAUACUUUGGGCAGAUAGUAGGGGGGCCUGUAUGUGCAUUCUCUUGAUUAUUGAAAUUGAUUUAGCCAAAAAUGAAUUGUGUUGUGAAAUGAUGUUUGGAGCCGAUACCCUUUUUUCCCGUUCGGAAAAUAUUUCCUUGCCCAUUUCUACUU